AUGCCCACACUGUCGACUACAUACCCACACUGUCGACUACAUGCCCACACUGUCGACUACAUGCCCACACUGUCGACUACAUGCCCACACUGUCGACUACAUGCCCACACUGUCGACUACAUGGCCACACUGUCGACUACAUGCCCACACUGUCGACUACAUGGCCACACUGUCGACUACAUGCCCACACUGUCGACUACAUGCCCACACUGUCGGCUACAUGCCCACACUGUCGGCUACAUGCCCACACUGUCGACUACAUGCCCACACUGUCGACUACAUGCCCACACUGUCGACUACAUGCCCACACUGUCGGCUACAUGCCCACACUGUCGACUACAUGCCCACACUGUCGACUACAUGCCCACACUGUCGACUACAUGCCCACACUGUCGACUACAUGCCCACACUGUCGGCUACAUGGCUACACUGUCGACUACAUACCCACACUGUCGACUACAUGCCCACACUGUCGACUACAUGCCCACACUGUCGACUACAUGCCCACACUGUCGACUACAUGCCCACACUGUCGACUACAUGGCUACACUGUCGACUACAUGGCCACACUGUCGACUACAUGCCCACACUGUCGACUACAUGCCCACACUGUCGACUACAUGCCCACACUGUCGACUACAUGCCCACACUGUCGACUACAUGCCCACACUGUCGACUACAUGCCCACACUCGAAGCUCUUAAAGUGGCCAGCUACCUGCGGCGUCCCGCGGGCCAGCUACCUGCGGCGUCCCGCGGGCCAGCCACCUGCGGCGUCCCGCGGGCCAGCCACCUGCGGCCUCCCGCGGGCCAGCCACCUGCAGCGUCCCGCGGGCCAGCCACCUGCGGCGUCCCGCGGGCCAGCCACCUGCGGCGUCCCGCGGGCCAGCCACCUGCGGCGUCCCGCGGGCCAGCCACCUGCGGCGUCCCGCGGGCCAGCCACCUGCGGCCACCCGCGGGCCAGCCACCUGCGGCCACCCGCGGGCCAGCCACCUGCGGCCACCCGCGGGCCAGCCACCUGCGGCCUCCCGCAGGCCAGCCACCUGCGGCCUCCCGCGGGCCAGCCACCUGCGGCCUCCCGCGGGCCAGCCACCUGCGGCCUCCCGCGGGCCAGCCACCUGCGGCCUCCCGCGGGCCAGCCACCUGCGGCCUCCCGCGGGCCAGCCACCUGCGGCCUCCCGCGGGCCAGCCACCUGCGGCCACCCGCGGGCCAGCCACCUGCGGCCUCCCGCGGGCCAGCCACCUGCGGCCUCCCGCGGGCCAGCCACCUGCGGCCACCCGCGGGCCAGCCACCUGCGGCCUCCCGCGGGCCAGCCACCUGCGGCCACCCGCGGGCCAGCCACCUGCGGCCACCCGCGGGCCAGCCACCUGCGGCCUCCCGCGGGCCAGCCACCUGCGGCCUCCCGCGGGCCAGCCACCUGCGGCCUCCCGCGGGCCAGCCACCUGCGGCCUCCCGCGGGCCAGCCACCUACGGCCACCCGCGGGCCAGCCACCUGCGGCCACCCGCGGGCCAGCCACCUGCGGCCACCCGCGGGCCAGCCACCUGCGGCCACCCGCGGGCCAGCCACCUGCGGCCACCCGCGGGCCAGCCACCUGCGGCCACCCGCGGGCCAGCCACCUGCGGCCACCCGCGGGCCAGCCACCUGCGGCCACCCGCGGGCCAGCCACCUGCGGCCACCCGCGGGCCAGCCACCUGCGGACUCAUCAACACACACCUGUCUCCAUGA